AUGAAGAGGGCCGCACGCGAGAACGAAGAACGUUCGGUUGCUCUGGAGAGCACAGGGGGCAGCCCGGACGAAGCUGGAGCUCGGGGGACCAAGCGAGCCCGUUCGGAGUCGAGGCAGCCCGCAUUCCGCGUAGGCGACUCGAGCCCUUUGACGCUCCUCUCGCUUCCCGACCUCGUGCUCGACCCACUCAUCAGUGCGUGGCUUGGGUGGGAUGACGCACUGGCUCUCCGCGCGGUGAGCCGCGACGCGUGCGCGUUGGUCGCAUCGCACCACCGAAUGCUGCGCUGGCUCUUGUCCGACGUGUUACCCCCGGUGAUGGCCUGCUCGACUGACCGCGUCCCGUUCCCGACGGGCAGCCCACGAGCCGCGCUCUCCCUACUGGCCGCGCCCUGUGGUGAUCUAUUCGCCCAACCGGACCUGGAGAUGGUGGCAAAGCAAUGGUUCGCCGGGCAAGAGCAGAAAGAACGAAGCCAGGGCGACGAUGAAGCAAAAAGGGAAAGCGAAAACGAAGACGAAGGCGGGAGGCGGGCGGACAAAGAGGCCGCGCUGAAGCAGCUGGACGCCGUGCUGGCCCACAUCGAGGCGGUUCGGCACCAGCGGCGAAUCGAGCAGGUCUCGUUCUGGGAAUCGGUCGACACCCGCAUCGGCUCUGGCCCGCGCGGGCAACAGAGGUCCAUGACCGCCCAAGAAAUUGCUGACUUCAUCAAGCAGCACGUGCGGGUGCAAUCCUACGUGCGGGUGUGGAAGUCCUGGAUCAGACUGGUGGAGUGUGAUCUCGAGGUGACGAUCACUCAGGGCGGGAAACCCGAGAAGCAUGCGCUCCGCAUUGUCGAAUACAACAGCGGCCAGUAUUACGAAGAGGACGAGCAACUGCUGUGGAACCACUACUCGGGCAUCUUCCACACCUCCCCUACCGAGCCCCAACGAAUCUACUUUCAAGAACGCGCUCCCGGGCAAAUGAACGAAGAGUGGUUCCUGCCUUCUGCAUUCCGCGCCCUCGCGGACAAGCUUCGCCUCAACUGCACCGCCCAGGAGCUGCUGGCCGUGCUGCUCCUGUCGGCGCGGUGCGAGCUGCCCGGCGAGGUGGAGGAGACCCCGCAACAAGAAUCGUUGUUGGGCGAGAAGAAGUGGCACGACGAGCUGAUGAAGCCUCGCCCCGAAGGAGCGGUUGUGGCCUGUGGUGACGCAGCCGCCAGGGUCAUCUCCCGCGCCAGUGAGCCCCAGCUCUCCCAUCUGAGCAGCCUUGGUACCAACCUGCAACAUGUGGUUGCCCAGUCCCAGGUUUUUCUGGCCGCCGGGAUGUUCGGGAUGAACAACGUGCUUCGGGUGGUCCCCCACAUUGGCUCUGGCCGAGCGAGUGCGGCCAUGCUGCAGGCCCCUGAAGGCGACGUGCUCACCAACUGCGACGCGGUGAUGAAGCUGGCCGUACCCGGAACAGAUGGAGAAUUCCUGGAGGUGCACUGCAACAUCGACACCACGGCGAGCGAGGCGGACUACGCCCGGGUGGUGGUCAAGAUCCGGGCCAGCUCGCGCGCGAUGGCCGACCGGUUCGACGUGAGCGACACCCAGCCCUUCUUCGUCUACUGGUCCAACCCACCGCUCGAGGAGGGCGAGCGCGACGACGAGGAGCUCCCGCCCACCCUGUGCCGCACGCAGUCGCUGCUCGAGCUGGCCCGCACCUUCGGCAUUCCUACGCGGUCAAGCCCGCCGGCCGGCGACCACGACCACCAGCACCAGGACGAUCAUGACGGUGAUCACAACGAUGACGAUGAUGGCGGAGAAGAAGGGCUGGCCCACGAGAUGGCGGCGCUUCUUGUGGUCUGCGCGUGCGCGCCGGCGGCGCCUCUCCGCUUCUUCACGCACUCUCCAAUGGUACUGGUCCACCCGGUCGUGGUGACCGUCGCCAAAGUGUUUGGCGGAGACGAGGAGCAGGACGACGACGAAGCGGAAGAUGAAGAAGAAGAAGGAGAAGAAGAAGAGGAGGAAGGGAAUGCAUGA